AUGCUGCCACUCACAUCACUGCUUAUGAUUACUUUUAGUACCAUGGUUCUCUUGGUUUUGUGUCUGCCUGCUGGAGAAAUACCCGAUAUAUUCGGCGUCGCGGUGACUGUUACGACGGAUGAUAUAAAGAAGUUGUGGAAGGAGUACAACGAGUUCGGUGCGAAGGAGAGUGCUCCAGGAGGAGGCUACUUCUACUCAGAAGAGGUAUUUAUCACUAUAUUUGGCGGUGAUCGCUUCGCCCUGAUUAUUGGCCAAAUCGGUCUAGCCAAAGAUAUGAAGACUACGUUUCGGGAAGCGGAAAGAAAUGAACUAAAGGACUACAAAAGGAGGCCAAUAUUGAGUGAGUCGUCAGGAAGAAAAGACGAAAAAGGAAGAGAGGGACGAAAAGAAGGCAUCGGAGUUAGGCCCUUUUGUUGGUGUCAAGUGUUAUUCUCAGGCUCUUCAAUUUUGGAAAGCAGCACAAAGAAGGGAACGGAUCCGGAAGCUGGUCAAAAACCUGGAGCGCAAGUUUGGCAUCUUCACAGUCUGCUACCGGCCUCAAUGACACUGGUGUCAUGUGAAGCCACCCGAUAA